CGUUGGCUAGGGUUUUAAGUUUCGGCUAUGGAGGAUGGCGCCAUUGCCUACGAGCAGCAGGAGCGAUUGCGGCGCUUUGUGGAUGAGUGGAGGGAUCAGGUCUGGAAGCUGGGAGGAGCCGCCUCUCCUUGCAAUGCGGAUCCUAUUGGUUUGGCGCUCACUCUUUGCGAAUCUGGGGUUUCGCUUCCAAAGAUGAUCGUCAGCGACAAUGCCACUGUCAACAAGGUUCUCAUGCCGCUGGCCUUCGAUUGCGUGGAAAUCUCGCGAUUUAGGCGAGAGGCGCUGGAAAAGAUCUAUCCCCGGCUGCUCGUAUUUGGCGAUUCUGACAAGGCUUCUCUCGAGGGAAGCGUCCAACUGGCAUUCGCAAGGUGGUAUGGAUUCUUCCACGAGCUUAAAACUUCGAUCGUGGGAUUGAGAGGGUUGCUGGGGAAUCUCUUUCGCCAGUUGCAAGCACUCUACUCUCCACUCUCGAGAAAGAAGCAAACGUUCUCGACUCUCUCGAGUGUGCACUUCCACACAGCGAUCAGCUCCCUCGGCGAAGGUCUUGGAAUUUUGAUGAUACUGGACGAGAUUGUUUCGCAUAAUGGAGCUAUUGGCCAUUCCCUGUCCCUGUUUACAAGAAUGUUGCAGUCUGUGAGAGCUGAACCAGAUUCUUUCGACGUGGAAGCUAAUCAGAUCGAGUCUCUCCAUCGUGCUGUGAGUGAGAUGGACGAUCUGCUCGUGACCGGCCUCUUUCAGAGAUGCAUACACGAGGAUUUUUCUCUGCAAUUAGAAAAGGAAGAACUCAAAGACAAUGCUUUGUUUCUUGAAGAGGUAUCCUUCGGCUUAAGGACGGCCAUUGUCAAAGUCUUAAAUGCCAUCGAAACCUCCAAGGAGCAACCUGACGACCGUGAGAAGCUCGUGGGGCUUUUGGGAGUUUUUGUGCUCUAUUCAUGGAUCAGUGGAGAAGCUAGUGACAAGAAGACGCUGAAAAUGAUCUCGAAACUAGCUGCAAAUUUUCCCGUACUGCAUCCGGUCUCAAACGUGAGGUUUCUCUCGAUCGAGUUUUUAAGUGCACACUCUCCGUCUUGGUUUCGCGCCUCAACCUUGUUCAGGGACGUGCGAAGGGAUGCUGCGAUCUUGAAGCGUAGCUACCUUACCCGUUUGGACGAAGCUCUGAUCAAAGAUUCUCAUGAAACACAUCGUUCAAUCUGUGAUUGGCUGGUUUCAUUUAGCACGUUGGCAGCUUCAUCACCUGCGCAGAAUCUUUCUAGUCAGUCUCUACUGGAUAGGCAUUUGCAACAAGCAACCCUGGGGAUUCUGCUUGCAAACAAGCUUCAAAAGUUUCUAAGAUCUGCAAUCGAUCUGCAUGUUCUUCUCGAGGUGCCGAUAAGCAAGGAGCAAGUGAGACAAUUGCGUUACGGAAUGGAACUACUCAAAGCAAUUGAGUACAUGUUCAACAAACUGAGGCAGGAGGUUGCGCUGAGUGUUGGCCAGAUAGUGGGCCAUCUUAUGUCUGUCGUCAGGGAACGUCUAUUGCAGUUUAAGUCUUGGCUGGCAGAGGAUCUAAAUUCAAAACUAAAAACUUCUAAUGGAAACAUGUUUAACCGUUCGCCGAGCAAAACAAGGGAACCAGAACUUAAGCUCAUGGAUGCAUUAUGUGCACUGAAUAUUACAAUGAAAGCACUGGAUUUUUUACCAACAGUUCAAGGAUUGUUUACAUUUCGCCUUGCCUUCGAUGUAGUGACUUGCUUGCAAACCAAGUUACAGGAGGAGCGUAUCAAGGAAAUUGAAGACUAUAUUGCUCUCAUAGAGCUGACUUUGAAUCGAGGAAGCUUAAUUCAAAUGGCCACAGACUGUAGCUUCUUAUUUUGGAACAAAGAGAUGAUGGCAACCUGCUUUGCUAUGGUUUAUUCACAAGCCGGCGAAGCCAGACAUUUGCAGUACUUGGUGUCUGCAUUUUUGGACGGAGCCAAGCUACUCCAGUGUGGAUGUGCUGAUGCCUCAUUGUACGAGAAGUCGAUACGGGAUUGCCUACUUACAGAGGUGGUAGAACCCAUCUGUCACGAUAUAGAGACGGAUUUGAGGCUACAUGUACACUCGGCUCAUUUAAAAGGAGCAGUGAAUGUAAAUCCUACAAAGACAGGAGUUCGGGAUCCCUCCUGGUUUCUAAAAAUCAAACCUUUACGCCUCCUCUCUUCGUUCAUUCACAUUAAGUCUCGGGUUGAAGUCUACCUGAAUGCAGCAUUUUAUGACCAUGCGGCCGUUGCGCUGCACAACUGGAAGACAUACAAUGAAAUGAAAAAUAUCGCGGAGCUUAAAUAUGGGCUUUCGUUGGAUGCAAUUCAUCUUCCUGGUCAAACUUUAGAGCAAGGGGUGGACGUAUUGGAAAUAAUGCGCAACAUACAUAUAUUCGUAGCGUGUUAUACCUACAACCUCAACACUCAGGUAUUUGUUGAGAGACCUUCAAAUGCACGAAACAGGAAAAAUCUGAACACGGUCAACGUGAAGCACGCUGCAAAUUCAAUCCGGACUCAUGGCAUUGGAAUUAUGAGCACCACUGUGAACUUCGCGUAUCAGUUUCUCGCUCAGAAGUUCCUGGUUUUCUCACAAUUCUUAUUUGAUGAUCACAUCAAGUCUCGAAUGGUGAAGGAACAACGAUUCUAUAAGGAAAAGAAACUGCAAGCCGACAGCGGCUACCCAGUGGAAAGAGCUGAGAAACUGAACAAAGAUAUCAGAAAACUUGGAGUUACUGAUGAUGGAUUCAGCUUUCUAGACCAGUUUCGACGUCUCAUUGCGGAGAUGGGAAACGCGCUCGGCUUUGUCAGGAUGGUUCGCCUAGGGGGAUUGAAUUAUUGCACUACUGCUUGCGGGUCUCUGCCGAUGACUAAAGGAUUUGAGGAAGCAGCCAAGACAUUUUUCUUGCCCAAAGCUGGCAUUGAUGCCGGUCUGAUACUGGAUAAGGCUUUAGAGAGCCAAAACCUAUCAGUCAACGAGACUGAUUACUUCGCGAUCCUUACAAAUAUAUUCUCGGAACUUAAGGGCAAUGACAACAUACAUCUGCGAGAUUUUUUCUUGUUGGUUCCUGCUCUGACUAUCAAUGCGGCGGAUGCAAUACUCCAGUCAAAAGAGAAGCUUCAUAAACGCGGAAGAGAUGCUGUAAAUGCAACGUUUACCGACGAUGGAUUUGCUCUUGGGAUUGCCUAUAUUCUGAAGGUUCUGGACCAAGACAAACAAUUCGAUUCUCUGCACUGGUUUCAGUCUGCCAGACAGCAUUUCGUAGCUGAGAGAGCACGCCUCGAGGAGAGCCUAGACAUGGACAGCACUGGCAGCGGCAUGAACGGGCUGCAAGCUUGGAGCCAGAAGCUGGCAUCUCUCUCAAAGGAAGAAGCUCAGAACAUGGAAAUGAUGAUGAAGAAGAUUACAGCAAUUCUUAUGGAGGUAGAGCUCAUUGAAUUCACUUUCACGGGAGCAAGAGUUUUCUUUCAAGGAAGUUGAGGACUCUCCGCGAAUCGAAAGCAGGGGCACCGUUUGAUCGUGGAAAGUUAGAGCAACAGCAAAAAUGUCUCACACUCUUGCAGCAGUGCCAAGAUUCAGGGGAGC